AUUACAUAAUUCUCCAUGCAAGGGAGUUGUGGAAACUGGAAUUGUGCAAGUGUGGGCUCACUCCUGAACACAUAGUGCUAAAAACUAACAAGAUCACAAAAUGGGAACUUUCACAAAGAUCCUACUAGCUAGUAUAUGUGUUGCUUUUAUAGCUGUCAAGUGGACUGCACCGAGUUUUGAUGCAGAAUCUCUCAGAGGUGCCAGGGUGUUGGUGACUGGGGCUAGUACGGGUAUCGGUGAACAAAUAGCAUAUCACUACGCCCGCUUCGGUGCCCAGAUAGUAAUCACAGCAAGGAGGGAGAAAGUGUUACAGCAGGUGGCAGAAAAGUGCCUGGGUUUGGGAGCCCAGAAGGCUCUCUACAUAGCAGCAGACAUGGCCAAUGAGUCAGAUCCUGACAAAGUCGUAGAUUUUGCUCUGGAAAAACUCGGAGGGUUGGAUUACUUAGUUCUGAAUCACAUUGGACCGACCCCCUUCAGCAUGUGGGAGGGAGAUGUAGAGCACACCAAGUGGCUGAUGAAGGUCAAUUUCUUCAGCUACAUUCAGAUGGCUUGGAAAGCUUUGGCCUCCCUUGAACAAAGUAAAGGAUCACUGGUGGUUGUUUCAUCGCUUUUAGGUAAAAUGCCCAGUCCCUUCGUGGCACCGUAUACCUCAACAAAAUUUGCCUUGAAUGGUUUUUUCGGGGCCCUUCACCAUGAGCUGGCCAUGAAGAAGAGCAAUGUGUCCAUCUCUAUAUGUACACUGGGGCUCAUUGAUACUGAAUCAGCUAUGGAGAAAGUCAGUGGAGUCACAAGUGUACCAGCCUACCCUGCCGCAGAUGCAGCCUUGAACAUCAUCAUAACAGGAGCUACGAGACAGCUGGAGCUCUUCUACCCUUGGUUUACCCACGUUUUGACUGUGACCAAAGACUUGUUCCCUUCCAUCACAAACUAUGUCAUCCAGAAUUCUUACAAAUACACCCCAUGAAAAAGAUUCCUUCUGAAACUGAUAUAUUCCACUACGCAAAUUUAGAUGUAGGUGCAUUGUACGACGAUCAGAACAUUCAUUUUUUUCAAUUCAAUUUUAUUUAUAGUAUCAUAACAAGAGUUGUCUCAAGACACUUUACAGAUAGAGUAGGUCUUGACCAGAUUCUAUAAUUUACAAAGACAACAAUUCCAGUAAUUCCCCCAAAUAAUUCCCCGCGGAGUCCAUGUGAGUCAUUCUCCCUUCUUGUUCACGUCAGUGGCUUGCUGCUGCUCUGUGCUGCACUAUGCCCAGGUAUGCACAGGAGAGCAGUGCUUACACAGCGAUGCUCAUACAGUAACAGUAACCUCUGACAACGCAAUCCGGAUCCACAUUGACUGGACAGCGCCAUCGCGGAAGCUGACGCACACUCUGUUUACUCCAUUAACGCCGUGCAGCACAGUUAGCCGCUGCCAUUUAGGCUCAACCACCGAGUACACAUGUAGCAGAGUCACCUCCAUGUUUGCUUGUGACGUCGGAGGAAGGGCCCAUUGCAGGCAGUCAAUCCUUUAAAUGUGGCAUAGAGCAGCUUUAAUAUUCUAACACAACCAGACUUUCUGCCCCAAUCUUUCCAAGUAGAAAAUAAUGCUCCAAACAGCCAAAUGGUUCAGGUUAUAAUAUGUUACAAUAAAAACUAAUUAAAACAAA